AUGGAGUCCAAGACAGAGAUGUUUGACUUGUCCCCUGAGGACGCGGCGGAGGCGGGACUGGACGUGGCGACCCCACGGAGGGGCACCCGGGCCUUCGAGCGCUACGUGCAGCCGUGCCUGGCCGAGCUGCUGGGCUCGGCCCUCUUCAUCUUCGUUGGCUGCUCCUCGGUCAUUGAGAACACAGAGGGGACAGGGAGACUCCAGCCUGCCCUGGCGCACGGGCUGGCCCUCGCCAUUGUCAUCGCUGUUUUCGGGGCCAUCAGCGGUGGCCAUUUCAAUCCGGCGGUGUCCGUCUCCGUCUUCUUUAUCGGAGGUCUCAAUUUAGUCCUGCUCGUCCCCUACGUCCUUGCCCAGUUGUGCGGUGGAGUGAUCGGGGCCGCCCUUGCCAAGGCCAUUUCUACACCGCAGACCUACGCCAAUGCUACGGGGGCAGCUUUCAGCGUGGUGAGGGAUGACGCCCAGGUUUUGCCGGCGACCAUCGCUGAGAUGGUCAUGACCCUUUUCCUAACCAUGGUAGUGUGUAUGGGAGCGGUCAAUGGCAGGACUCACACCAUACUGGCCCCUCUCUGCAUUGGACUGACUGUGGCUGCAGACAUCUUAGCCGGCGGAGCGGUCUCCGGGGCGUGCAUGAACCCAGCUCGCGCAUUCGGACCCGCUCUGGUGGCGGACUUCUGGAGCUACCACUGGAUCUACUGGGUAGGGCCUCUGUGCGGGGCCCUGCUCACAGCCAGCUUCAUAAGACUCCUGCUUGGUGACCAGGCUAUCCGAGUUCUUUUGAAGUGA